AUGAUAGGGAAGAGAUGGAAUUUACCGGGGAGACGGAUAGCUCUUACGCCGCGAGCGUUUCCUAGAGCUCCAGACAAAAGAGCCGAAGCUCGUGCUAAUAUAAGACGUCCGAACUCGCUAGAAUUCAACGUUUCUAAUACUUCGGCGUGCGAAACGGCUAUAGUUAACCUUCGACGAGUUUUGCCGGGACCAUUCUUUAUCUUCACUAAUGUGGUAUCAAAGAGCAAGGAUAUCACUAUCCACACAGUCUUCGGUAUCUACAACGCCCUCUUUAACUAUAUAGAGAAGUCGAAGGCAUAG